AAAUUUGACAAAUCAGUACAUUUCAAUAAACAAUCUUAAAGCGGGCAAAACAAUUCAAACGAUACAUACAAAAGAACCACAACCGUCUUGCUCUUCACCAACAACAUCAUGUCAACAAAUAAUCAAUGAUACGAAAACUAUGACAAAUGUUAGUCAAUUCAGCAGCAGCAGUAGUAGUGGUAGUAGUAAUAGUAGAUCAGGAUUUCUACGUUAUCCAUUGCGUAAAGCAAUGAGUUAUGUAAAACCACAAUCGGAAUCAUUUGUAACCACAAAAUCCACUUCAAGAAGACUUCAUCACACUUCUACAUUUGAAAGACCAGAUGAUCCAAAAUUCCGAUCGACCAGUAAAAGUUCCAGUCGUAAUUCACUUUAUUUAUCAUCGAAUAUUAAACAUUCCUCUGAUUUAUCAACUAAG